GAGUAAUUCCGGUAACUAGGACCCUGGGGUCACCCCUGCAACAAACGGAACUAGGAAGCAUCCAAACUGAAGAUAACGAGUGUAGCGGUUCAAUGCAGUUCUGGUCAAAUUAGUUCUGAAACUUGCUGAUGUUCACUGAUGCGCUCAGACAGUAUUUAGCUUCACAUGCCAAGGAAUACGGUAUGCCGAUACGACGAUUGCUCUUUUGAAACACCAAAACGAACGAGAAGAUGGAGGAACAGGAAAGGGAUACUUUCCUCACUGCACCCGAGUCCAAAGCGGUGUCGAAUCCAGCCGUCAGCACUGGUACACGACCCAAAGUGGCAGAUGGGGGGCUGCGGCCUGUGGAGAAGAGAGGCCCCUACAUCAUGUCCAAAGCUCCCGCCAUUCAUCAAAAACUGCAGAAGCACAGGGAGAUGGCCCGGAAGGUUCUGAAGAAGAAGGGGCUGAUGUCCGGCGUGCCGGUGAUGCAGCAGCCCAGACACGGCUCUAAGAGAAGUGUGAAGUUUAAUAAGGGCUACGCGGCUCUGAGUCAGAACUCUGAGGAUACCCUGGUGUCGCUGGACUCUGACAGUGAUGUUGAGCUGGAGUCUCAGUAUUCCUCUGGCUAUUCCUCAGCUGAGGUGCACCCCGACCUCAGCCGGCAGCUCCUGAAAGACGGCUACCGCCUGGACGAGAUCCCCGACGACGAGGACCUGGACCUGAUCCCCCCGAAAGCCAUGGGCUCCUCCCCGUGCUGCUGCGCCGACGUCCCCGCCUGCUGCGUGCAGUGAGCCCCGCCCUCCCACCACCCUAACUCCCCGCCUUCCCGUCCCGCGCCCCGCACUCCUUCCCUCCCA